GGCUGACGCCAACACGGAGCACCAACGGAUCAAUCACUGAAGGGAAACUCCCUCAGGCUACCAUAAAACUGAAGGAAAACUAAAUACGAUUUUAUUAGAAGAUUUACAAAUGACAGAUAAGAAGUAAUAUUUAACAUACCAUUUUAUGUUAAAUUUACGUACAGUAGGCCUACGAUAACCUUUAUUUGUAACAUGUUGUUCGGUAUUUUAAUGCUGUGUGGAAUAAUUCAAGGGAGUUUGGCCUGUUGGAGCUCAAACGACUGCUCUGUGUUCGACUGCCCUCCGGUUUCCGAAUGUCCUGUUUCUGACUGCCCUAUUUCUACAUGUCCGGUGUCUGACUGUGCUGUGUCCGAAUCAGUAUCCGACUCUCCUACUGUGUCCGUUACAUACACUGGGCCCGACUCUCCAUCAGUGUCCACUUCACCUACUGUAACCGUUUCUGUUCGAUCAGAGUGUGCCUGCUCCAACAACACAAUAAACGCGACUGCUUUGCCACCCCCGUUACUGACAACCGAACAGGCAGAUACGUUGUUCAUGCUCUCUCAGAGCUUCGCUUCAUUGUCAUGCGAAGAGGCGAAGAAGAAAAUCUAUAAUAUCACAGAACCACCAAUACAACUGUCAGACGACCAAAUGAAGGCCCUCAGAGACUACUAUCCAGGCAAUUUUCGGAAACCAAAUCCUAGUGUCAUUAAAGAACCAUUGGACUCAGAACCUGUGCAUUGUAAUAGUACCGAUAGCAAUCGCGGAAAACGAUCACCCAUUGUAAGUGUGUGUUCGACGAGAGCCGACUACACCACAUUACACCUAGCGUUAGACAAACGUGGCAAUAUGGUAUAUGUUCCGCAACUUACAAGAUUCGAUCUCGAACAGCAAUUCGAAGAAUAUUUCUGUGAACAAGGAGCAUGUUUUCCAAGCCUAAAUUGUCAAUGUGAUCAUUAUUUAUUCUACUACACAGCCAGAGCGGUCGUGACUUAUAUUAAGAAAAAGAACCAGAACGUGGACCUUAAGUUUUAUGAAGCUGAAAUACAGUUACGCUACUGUUCAGCUUACCUAUAACUUAAUAGCAUGGAGCUGUAAAAUUUUAAAUAAAUAAAUAAUAAUAUAAUAAUAAUAUAUAUACAGUAUAUAUAUAACAAAUUGCAUACAGGGAGGCAGAAAAGAUCUACUAAGGAUGCAGUCUCUUUACUGUUUCAUAAUGUUGUUAGCAUUAAAAAAAAAAAGCUUUUACUCGCAUGAGUUUUGUGUUUUUCAUAGGCCUACAAUGUAUUAAAAGUUUAACUGCCGUAGUUCAAGUCAAAACUAUUUACUGCUUGUUCUUUUUGUUGUAGCGCAUUGAGGCUUUUUUUCUGCGGAAUACGAUAUUAAAGAUUGGAGUUGUUAUUAUUA